GGUGCAAAAACUGUGGCCCAACUACACAGAGACUAUGUCAAUGUGAAGAUUGUGUUGCUUUUACCAACAGUGAUGAAAAUGAGAGAGAAAUUUUAAAAGAAAAAUAUGAAAGUCACAUUAUGGAGAAAGAUCUUUCAAGGCAAGAAAAAAAAAAAGAUAAAAAUAAUUUAGAAAACAGUUUAUUUGUAGCAGUGUAUGACUUACAAGCUGUACUUUCAUGUCCUAGAGGAGAAGCUUCUGGAUUUUAUUACUUGUCUAAAUUAUCUGUUUAUAAUUUUACCAUUUGUAAUUUAAAAGAUACCAAAGAUGUAAAAUGUUAUGUUUGGUAUGAAGGAGAGGGACAAAGAGGAGUCAAUGAAAUUGGUACCUGUGUCUUCAAGUAUCUACAAGAAUUGGAACCAAAAGCUACUGCUGUGGGUAAAUCUAUUGAUGUAGUAUUUUAUUCAGACAAUUGCUGUGGCCAACAGAAAAAUCAAUUCAUGAUAGCAAUGUAUCGUUAUGCAAUUAAAAAAUUAGGAUUUAUUAAUAGCAUUACUCAUACAUUUUUAAUCAAAGGACAUACCCAGAAUGAAGGAGAUUCCGUUCAUUCAGUAAUUGAAAAAAAUGUCAGUCGUACUUUGAAAGGAGGUCCAAUAUAUACCCCAGAUCAAUACUUCACUCUAAUUCGAACAUCAAAAAAAACUGGACAGCCUUAUCAGGUCAUUGAGCUAACUCACGAAGACUUCUUUGACAUAAAAAGUUUGGAAGCAAACCUAGCUUUUGGAAAUCAAAAUGUGAAAAUUGGAGAAUUACGCAUAGUUAAAUUAGAAAAGCUGUAUCCUAACAAAAUGUUUUACAAAACUUCCUUUAGUGAAGAUGAUUUUUCAGAAAUUGAAACUAAAAGAAUAACAAGAAGAAGUAAUGAAAAUAAUGAAGUUGGCCAGUUAUUUUCAUUGUAUGAUUCCAAGUUACCAAUAAAUGAAAAAAAAGAAAAAAGGAUUACUUACUCUAUUUGAAAAAAAUAUAAUUCCUAGAUACUAUUCUACUUUUUAUUAU